GAUGCAUACCAAGCAGACUUCUGUGGACUCGGAAAGACACUUCAGAAGGUGGGGAAAGAGAAGCCCCCUCUCUCCCCAGUUAGACCUUUCUAUUUUCCAGUUCCAGACUGUACAAUAGUGAGUCUGACUGCUCCACCUCCCAGAGGUGUGUGUGGGGAGAGAGGGUUUGGGGGUAUUCUAAUCCUCCAGCCUGGAAGGCCCCACGCUGCUUCUCCCGGUCCUUCCUCAUCACACCUCAUCGAAAGCUCCUCUGACUCACUUCUAUUCCGAGCCCUCAGACCACUCCCCGCCAGCUCUCAAUUCCUCCUCUUUUCAGAGAAAAUGAAGAGAUCCCUUGUGGUAGAGUCUGUCUCUAAGUCCUCGAUCCUGCAGGAAGAGAACUUGCCCCAGAAAGAGGCUGAGAAAGGCUGGCAUCCCAGGGAGUUCAGAUGGGAGGCAGAGUGCAGCCUGGGGGGUCGGCCCUGCCCCUCUGCGGCCCACGUCUCUGAGCCCUGCCUCUGCGGGUGCAGCCUGAGGACCAAGGCCGUGUUGCACCCUCGGCCCUCUCCCGUCUCCCGCCCAGCCUCUCAGGCGCUCCCCAACUUGUCAUCUGGAAGGAAGCAGCUGUCUUCUCCGGGGACUGCAUUCAAGUCUCAGUCCUCCCAGAAUUCUCUGAAGCCCAAGGUGAACGCCAAGUCCCAGCUGGCCUCUGGGGACAGGUCAAGAGCUUCCUGCAGUGCCACACCACCACGCAGGCUGGUACCCAUGGGCAUGUGGCCUCAGGGAUUUCUUAACCCGCUCUCCAAGUCCUGGCCAGAGGAGCCCCUGCACACCUAUAUCCCACUGGAAGGGAGCCACUUCCUCAGCCUGGAAGCCCUGUCCCCAAUGAUGUCACUUGUGGAGGGUGACAAACCCCAGUCCUCUCCACCAUUCUGUUUUAAAUAAAAAUA